ACUUCAAUUGUCGAUCUUUACCAGGAUGUGCUCUGCUACUAUCGAUGGGGGACAGCUCUGGUGAAGAGUUUACCCCUCCCCCCUCCAAACGUCAAGUACGCUCUGACAGUCGGGAGGAUGACAAGAAUGACCCGAGUUACCGUGGCAACAAAGGCUCACCCCCUCCUCACUCUGUCAGGUCCGAUUAUUUCCCUGCCUCCCAGCUGUUCGAGUAUCAGUGGCCGCUAGGAAAUACUACAGCAGAUUACUUCAUGUUACAAGAACAGGUGAAAGAGUUCUUGGAUAUUCGGGGUAUCCAGAGGAAAUAUCCAGACUGGAGGAGGAGGGCUUUGGAAGUGGAAGAGAGGGAGUUCCUAGUGGGGAUGAGUGUGGUCUCUGAGACCCUCAGUAACAUGGGACUAGUAGCGCUGCAAAGUGAGGAGGUGCUGGAGUCAAUGGCAACAGACUAUCCUUACAAGUACUCAGAGUAUGUGCAAGUACUCAAAGAGAAAGAGUUUCAGCAGACGCUACGAAACAAGAUGAUUGAAGCACGAAGAAUGGCAGCGGUCACAGCACAGCUCGAGUCUGAUGAUGUGGCUCGUGCUGACGUGAGGAGUGGAGCACUGAGGAUGGUGGGCCAGUUCAACCAGCAGCUAGCCAGACAGCGAGAGACUCUGACAAAGGGAUACAUUGAUCCUCACACAAAGCUCCAUCACUUCCCUCGCUCCCCUACAAAGCUCCGCCCAGUCCCUGUCAAGACCCGCUACCCUGCCGCCCUCCUCCCCGGUCAGUACAGUGACAACUACCCCAUCUUCACUUCACAGGAACUCAGCCAGCUACCUCUCAACACUGUUUCUGGUGUGCCCGAGUACAUGGCUAAAAAAAUUCAAGCUCAACCACAAGCCGGGAACAGCUUGGGGGUGCAGGCAAAUCCAAACCCUGGGGUACCAAACUCGACAGUUGUUAAAGCUGCCGCUGACGAUUUGCUGAAAAUUUUAAAGUCGUCGAAAUCCAAAUCGCAACCAUCUACACCUGUUGGUGAAGGAAGACAGGUCUCUCUGCUGAACUCAAUUCAGAAACUAUUGACUGCUUAUGCAACUGGCAGUAGAACUGGCGCUAAACCUAUGAGUGUGGAGUCGUCAAAACAAACGUCUGUUUCUAGUACACGUCGAUCAAGCCUAUCGGAACUGCUCAAGGGUGGUGAGUCUGGUAUGGGAUCAUCGAGUGAACAAGCUAGUAAAGCAACUAACAAAGAUGGAUCUUCAGAGAUUCGAGUUGAGGAAAAGGAUCAGUCUGGUAUAGAGUUGUUAGAAGAUGCUAAGGAAAAGAAUCGUGGUAUUAUCCAGGGAACCGUCUCAGAAAUGCUGAAUAGUGAUCAAGCAAAUGUUGAUACUAAGCCUGAGAGGACGGCUACCAUUGAAAAGCCUUCAAACAAGUCAAAGAAGCCUAACAUGAGGACUGCCUUGUGUAGUGUUUGCAGAAAGGGGCGUGGCUCUAACAUGAAGGGUGUUGCCGAGGACUUAGUGCAAUGUAGUCAGUGUUUCACAUUUGCUCAUCCGACCUGCUACAACCUUCCCUCCACCAUACUCUCUGUUCUGAAGCUCUAUGAUUGGCAGUGCCUGGAAUGCAAAACCUGUCAGGUGUGUAAGAGUCCCCAUGAAGAAGACAAGAUGGUAUUCUGUGAUGAUUGUGACAGAGGGUACCACUCGUUCUGUGUCGGACUGGAUGAAGUGCCCUCAGGCAACUGGCUGUGCCCGCUGUGUGGUAGAUGUGGAAGUUGCGACAAAGAUAAGGCAGGGCCUACAGCUGAGUCUAAGUGGAAGCACGAGUACAUUGAAGGUCGGUUUAUCCACACACUGUGUGUGGAGUGCUCCAGUUACUUCAGGCAAGGCUGCUACUGUCCCGUCUGUUAUAAGGUGUAUAAAGAUGACCACACAGACAGUCCUAUGGUCUGCUGUGACUCAUGUGAUCGCUGGAUCCACACAGGUUGUGAUGGAAUAUCAGUGCAAGAGUAUGAAAAACUAUCAGAAGAAAACUCAAAUUACAUGUGCAUUAAAUGCAGAAACAAAUAGAGAUUCUACAUAUAGUAGACUAUAACUAUUGUACUGACUUUCCCCUGCAUAAUAAUCUCAUUGACUCUACAUGUACAUGUGGUGAGUCUAUA